AUGGCCCUUCCUACAGCAAUUGUGGUCGGCGCUGGAGCCGGUGGCGUAGCAGUGGCAGCUCGGUUGGCAAAGAAUGGAUUUCAAGUAACUGUGGUGGAAAAGAAUGGCUCGAUUGGUGGCAGAUGUUCGCUAGUUCACCACAAUGGCUAUAGGUUUGAUCAAGGUCCGUCCCUCCUUUUAAUGCCAGAGUUUUUCGAGGAAGUAUUCAAAGAUUUGGAUACAACCUUGGAAAAGGAAUGCGUACAGCUAAAGAAAUGCAAUCCAAACUACCGGAUCUGGUUUCCGGAUCAGCAAACCAUCGAUCUUUCCUCUGAUAUCACCCACAUGAAACAUGAGGUAGAACGUUUUGAUGGUGAGCAGGCCUUUGCUAGAUUCCUAGAUUUCCUGAGCGAGGCUAGUCGUCACUACAGUCUGUCAGCUUCUCUUGUCCUCCGAAGGAAUUUCUUCAGCCUAUGGAACAUGCUCCGGCCCAGUCUCCUUGGUUCUCUCUGUAGCUUACAUCCAUUCGAGAGCAUCUAUUCCCGAGUCAGUCGGUAUUUCCACUCGAGGCACCUACGGCAGGCAUUCACAUUUGGGAGCAUGUACUUGGGUAUGAGUCCGUUCGACGCUCCCGCAACCUAUUCUUUGUUACAGUACUCCGAGACUGUUGAUGGAAUUUGGUAUCCCAUCGGGGGGUUCCAAACGGUUCUAGAGGCCUUGGCUCGUGUAGGGACUCGUUUGGGAGUGCAAUACCGACUAAAUUGCCCGGUCUCCACCAUAAAAGUCUCCAGAGACCAAAGAACGGCAAAGGGCGUCGUUUUAGAAUCUGGCGAAACGCUGGAUGCCGACGUGGUGAUCAUCAAUGCUGACCUGACAUAUGCCUACAAUAACCUUCUUCCCCCGUCAAAAUAUGCAGAAAGCUUGAAGAGUCGACAGACAUCGUGCAGCAGCAUCUCGUUCUUCUGGUCGCUUGACACUACUAUUCCUGCUCUUCAGAACCAUAACGUCUUCUUAGCGGAAGAGUAUCGAGGAAGCUUUGAUGCUAUAUUCAAGGAACACCGCAUGCCGGAGGAGCCGUCGUUCUAUGUCCAUGUUCCCAACCGCUUGGAUCCCUCAGCAUCCCCUGAGGGUAAGGAUGCCAUCGUAAUACUCAUCCCUGUAAGCCAUCUUGGGGGCGAGAGUGGCAACAUAGAAAGUUCCAAAACGUACUGGGAUUCAGUCGUCACAGAGACUCGGAACAAGGUGCUAGAAAUCAUUGAAAGGCGUACCGGUGUUUCCAACCUGGAUAAGAAGAUAAUACACGAAAUGGUGGAGACACCUUUGUCCUGGAAGAACAAAUAUAAUCUCGAUCGCGGAGCUAUUUUGGGUCUCUCGCACUCUUUCUUCAAUGUCCUCAGCUUUCGGCCCAAGAAUCGCCACGCAGGUAUUGAUGGUCUCUUCUUUGUCGGUGCAAGCACUCAUCCAGGAACCGGUGUUCCUGUCUGUUUAGCUGGCAGCAAGCUCGUUAGUGAAGAGGUUGUAUCAGCGAUGCGCGGACCGGUAAAGGAUUGA